AUGCCUCUGUUGUCCUCCUCCGAGACAUUGACUAUCAACAGCUUCCUCACCGCCGUCGACCGCGGCCACGACAUCGACUUUGACGCCAUCAGCCCUGACCUCGCCGAUUCUAUCCAGAUCACUAAGGGCCGAGAUGCUCUCGCUAAAGCCACUAAGGACCUCAUGGUCCUCGGCGGUCGUAGCUUGUUUUCCAGCAAGUCACCGACAUAUACUUCUUCACCUGGGACGGAUACGGGGUUCAAGGGCUCAGGUUCGGGCCACUGGCCCAGUUUUGGCCCUGAGGGCCAGGGUCCCGCUGGACCAUCUUCGGACCCUUUCUCGUCGAACUCCAAUUCACCGAUGAAUCCAUUCGGUGCAUCGGAUCCGCCCAAGUCCUCGUCUGAGCACUACAGUGCUUCUAGCAGCUCUCUUCCGCCAAUACGGAAUAGCACCUCGCCCUACGCCACCCCACCUAUGAGCGACUAUUUUUCUCGCUCGGCACAUCUUCAAAGUGGCUCUAAAUACGACACUUUUCUUUCACCAGCGGCUGCAUCUGCCAGUUCUUCGAAGCGUUCCUUGCCCCUGGACGGAGAUGCGUCCUCGAGUGCGCCAAAACGCUCGCGCCCCUCUCCGCCCUCUACUCUGGAUCCACAAUCCAAGUCUCGUAAGCCGUCGUCAAACACAGGCAAGUCCCGUGCAUCUGCCCCUUCCAGCAAGCCCGCGCUCCUCUCGCCUUCGCAAAAGCGCGCGAAUCACAUCCAGAGCGAGCAGAAGCGCCGAGCAAACAUCCGCCGCGGAUAUGAAUCCCUCUGUGCGGCUGUGCCCGCUCUACGCGAGGCGAUAGCGCUCGAGGAGGCUAGCGCCAAUACGGAAGGAGAUAGCGCAGGGGUUAAAGGGAAACGGAAGCGUAAGAAAGGCGACGAGAAUGGGUUGGAUGGGCGGGCAGGACCGAAGAGUGAGAACGUAGUGUUGGCAAAAACAAUCGACUACAUCAAGUCUCUCAUUGCAGACAAGGAGACACUUCUCGCACACUACCAAACUGCGCGUGCAAAACUCUCACAGGACCACCCGGCGCUCUCGGUCACUAGCACAGACGAACACGGGAUUCCACUUUGGGAACGCCAGUGGAAUGGGGGCUCAGGCUUGGCGGAGGACGCUGGUGACGAUGAAGUGGGCGAGGACGACGUUGGUGGGAGCGAAGACGAAGAAUGA